GGUUUUGUGUGACUCCGGUAGACAAGAUUUUGUUAAAAAGUGAAAAAUAUAUAUGAUCGUAUAAGUUUUCAUGAGUGAAAAUAAUUAAAACAUGUUUUUAAUGUGUAUAAUAUGAUGCGUAUCAUACAGUGUAGCAUGCUUUAGAGGUAUGCUUUAGAGCUGUGGGUUAUUACAAACAAUGUCAGACGAUGAGGUAGAGAAAUUUGAGAUAACUGAUUAUGACUUGGAGCAUGAGUUCAAUAUUAAUAGACCUACCAGGAGGCUAACAAAGCAUCAGCAGAUAUAUGGUAUCUGGGCUGAUGAAAACGGUGAUGAAGGUGGAGGAGGAACAUCAACUAGAGCCAGCUUUAGGGGUGCAGUUGGUGGAAAAGGAUAUAGCUAUACAGCCCCUGUAAGUUUCGUCUCUGGUGGCAUACAGCAAGCAGGCAAGAAGAAGCCUGGUGAAAAUGAGAAAGAGAAGGAAGAAGAAGAAGAAGAAGAAGAAGAUAGUGAGGAUGGGGAGGAGACACGGGCUGGAUUUGGCACUCGGAGACGGAGAGGUGCUGAUAUAGCUACUACAUCAAGUGAGGAAGAUGAGGGAAGCGGAUUAGAGUUCCGGCACCACAACAAAGUCAACUCAUUUGUAGAUGGAGAUAUUGCUGGUUUAAGAAGGAAGAAAGCAUCAACUGUAUCUACUUCUCUGAUGCAAAAAGGUGUUGGCAGUUGGGAAAAACACACAAAAGGAAUUGGAGCGAAGCUAUUGUUGCAGAUGGGUUUCCAGCCAGGAAAGGGCUUGGGAAAGGACCUCCAGGGUAUCUCUGCACCUGUAGAAGCCCAUUUACGCCGUGGAAGAGGCGCUAUUGGUGCGUAUGGACCAGAGAAAGGGAAGAACCAACAGCAAUCUAUUGAGGUCGUUGAUUCGGAAGAGGAAGAAGAAAGAGAGUUUGGGGAGAAGCUCUCACAGUGGAGGCGGAAGGACGCUGGGAGCAAGAAGCGUAUCCGCUAUGUCUACAAAAGUGUGGACGAUGUAUUGGAGCAGGGUAAGACCCAGCCCUCGAUCAGGAAGGAUUACAGUCAAUUCAGCAAGGUGAAAGUGAUCGAUAUGACCGGACCACAGCAGAGGGUGCUAACAGGCUACCAUGCAAUUGCCGGCCAGCAGAGGCCAUCAGAAGAACUGGAGGUACGAAAAGACAAGGCAUUUACAAAUUUUGCUUUGCCUGAGCUCCAACACAACCUCAAUUUGCUGUUGGAUAUGUGUGAACAGGACAUAAUCCAGAAUGAUCGUCGAUUGCGUUACACAAAAGAUCAACUGGUUGUUAUGACUCAGGAGAAAGAUAGACUUAAAUCAAAAGUAAAAGAUCAGGAGCAGCAAAUAGAAAAACUACAAGCCCUUUUGACAAUGAUUGAUGAUGCUUUUAAGGAUGGGAACAGUUUGACCCUUGAUAAAGCAGCAGCAUGCUUCAGAGAGGUGCAGGAUCGAUAUUAUGAAGAAUAUCGUAUGUAUGAGUUGGAGAAGCUGGCAUGUGGCUUGGUUGCACCCUUGAUCCAUGAGAAGCUGAAAUCGUGGAAAGCUUUAGAAAAUCCAGCAGAACCAAUACGUCUUUUCCAAACCUGGAAGGAUAUAUUGGAAGUUGGACAUCCGCCUGGGACAGAAAAUGGCCCUUAUCAGCAGUUGGUUUGGGAAGCAUGGAUGCCAGUCAUUAGAACUGUUAUUAGCACAUGGAAUUGUCGAGACUGUGAACCUGUCAUCAAUCUCCUGGAACUCUGGCUGCCACUGUUGCCAACUUGGGUCUUGGAAAAUAUCAGAGAGCAGCUAGUUUUGCCUCGUAUUCAACGGGAAGUGGAAGAAUGGAAUCCUGUUACUGAUACUGUCCCUAUACAUGCAUGGAUACAUCCAUGGCUGCCAUUGCUUGGGCAUCGUAUGGAUUCUACUGUGUUCCCUGUCAUUCGUAGUAAGCUGAGCAAAGCAUUAGUAAAUUGGCAUCCUUCAGAUCAUUCUGCAAGGUUGAUGCUGCAGUCCUGGAAUGCUGUUUUUCCUCGUGGUGAUAUGGAAGCUUUCUUAGUGCAUAAUAUACUGCCAAAAUUGCAGUUAGCAUUACAAGAAAUGACUAUCAAUCCACAACAGCAGCAGUACGAUCAGUGGAAAUGGGUCAUGGACUGGCAAGAUCUAAUACCAACACACACGAUGGCCACCCUGCUGGAGCGAUUUUUCUUUCCCAAGUGGCUGCAGAUACUGACAUUGUGGUUGAGCCAUAAUCCAAAUUAUGAGGAAGUGACGAACUGGUACACUGACUGGAAAGGCAUGUUAUCUGAGAAUUUACUUAUACAGCCUGGAAUUCAGGAACAGUUUAGGAGAGCACUGGAGAUGAUGAACAGAGCAGUAUCAAUGCAGUCGCAACCAUCAUCCCAGCCAGGUGCUGUAGAAUCUGUCUCGUACCUCACCAACAUCGAACAGACCCCUGCUGCUCAGCGUGGGAAGGAACGGAUGGAGAUGCUGGCAGAAGCGGUUCGAACUGCAAGUCAGAUACCACAAGGAUUUAAGGACCUCAUUCAGAAGCGUUGUGAGGAACGUGGUAUUGUUUUUGUGCCACUUGCUAAUAGGUACCGUGAAGGCAAACAAAUUUAUCGCUGUGGAAAAGUUCAAGUGUACCUGGAUCGCAAUGUUGUUUUUGUCAGUUAUAAUGGUGGAAGCACAUGGGCUCCAACAUCACUUUUUAGUGUGUUGGAAAUGGCUGCUUAAAAUUUUUGCAAAUGUUCUUUGUUGUGCAAAGGGGCCGGUGUUCAGCAGCAUUUAAAAAGAAGUUAUAUGCUGUUUUAUAGUGUUGUGUCAAAUGAGAAGAGAAAUAAGUAUGUGCAUAACUGUGUGACAAUGGUGUGAUGAAAGCGGAGACACUGCCUGUGAUCAAAUUAAGACCUCACUUUUUGAUCGUGAAAAAAAUUCAGAUUAUGUACAUAUCGAAGCGAAUUGCUAAUUUUGUUUAUUUUUGUACUUGUAUUGUGAAGUUUAGGCUAAAUGUCUCAAAGUGAUAUACUGUGUAUUCCAAAAUUUUAAUGAAAUAUGUUGUAAUAUUAUUGAGAAUAUACUAUUCCCUUAAAAUUUUAAAAAGAUUACAUGUGACUUUAUAACGACCAUGUAACCUGAUAAAAGUAUUUUGGGCAGUAAAAUUUACAUGGCUGCAAUCAGUAUUCCCCACCUCUUGCUCACUGAUAUGCUGCAGCUUAUUGUUUGAAUAACUGCGGUCAGUAUCUUGCUAAUAAUGCAGGAGACCAAAAGUGCUACAAUAAAUGUGUUGUAAAUGCUUAUUGGAGGAUAAUUUAAGAAAAAAAGGGCAAAUGAGCCAAUGACAAAUAGGGAGUCAAAUUGAGCACUCUAUAUACAAUAACUUUAUUUAUUUGUGUAGUUAUUCAGAAAAAUGCUGAAUUGUUUUAACACACUAUUGAAAAUAAUGUUUUGUCAUCUAAAAAUUGCAUUGUACGAUGUCUUCAGCUGUACUGGCUGUAUCCUACCUUUCAUUAGACUUAAAAUUUGCUGAUAUUAACUAAUACUGACUUAUAAAUAUGCUCAUAAACAGAUGAGUUAUCUUGCAACAUGGAUAUUGGUAUUUAUUAAUAGUUAUUAAUCAAACCCAGACUGUGCACUGUGUGCAUUGAUAUUUAUACAUAAGAACAUAUUUGCAUGUAACAGAAUCCUUGGCAGUAUUUGAAUAUUAUAGCAUUUAUAUAAUUUUGGUAGUAUCUCAUGUUUUGUGAUUGAGUGUACAAAAUGUACUGACUAGAGCUUAGUGUCAGUCUCAUUUUACUAUCCAAGGGAAAUAGUGAAACAUAUUCCUUAAGACAGUAUUUCGGUUUUGACAACAAAGUUGUUUUGUAGGCAGGAAAUUAAUGAAUAAAAACUUUUUGCUUUA